AUGUCUUCUCGAUCCGAUGCUGGCGCAACGCGCCCACGAUCUCGUCGUUCUAUUGCCCAUGUUCCACGAUCAAAGAUGACGUCUGGACUGGAUAAAGAGAAUGCGACAGCAGAUAUUGGGGCUGCGCCACUAUUUGGUGCCGCUUCAAAGUCUUCAACCAAGGACAAGAAGUCCCGAAGUAAAAGUCUAGGUCCUGGUGGCCUGGAUGCUCUGCAGAAUUCAAAUGGCAACCGUCGCAAGUCAACGGCUGCCUUUCCUCUCAAAUCAAUCCUGAAACCCACUGUCCCCGUUUCUCCGGUGCGCAACAUCCCGUCCUUCGAGGAAACUCGUCGCCGUACUCCAGCUCGUGAUGCGACAAAGCAGAAGGACAACAGCGAUACCACUAACCAAGAAGGUCAUCUGGUCAACUUUGAAACCCCACGACAACCCGCAAUGUCAGGAUCAGAGGAUACGUUGAACCCUUUUGACACAUUCAACGCCACCUCGGCGAUCCGGGACGAGAUGGCGGCGACUAAAGAACGAGAUGAUCGAGAACGCCGAGAACGUGAACGCCAAAACAUUCUAGAAAAGCGAGAGGCACGUCGGAAGUCUAUGGCCAACCGCCGCGUUUCGUUUGCCCCAGAAGCUACUCUACAUACCUGGAACGUUGUAGAAAUCCCCGACGAUUCCACGUCAUCAUCAGCAGCGAACUCGACAAGGCGUGCAUCUAGCACCAACCCUCAGAACCAGCCAUCGGCACCCUCCCCAGAGAAAGACGCCCCCUCGUCACCCGAUGGCGAUGCCGAAUCUGACUUCGGGUUCUCGCCAGUUAAACAGCAAGACCUCGAACGUAUGAGGGGUCAACCUGCAUCUGCCGGCGAAACCGAAGGGCCGGCAGACUUGUCAUCUAGUCCUUUCAGUGGGAGCUCGGUUUCUGGAAGUGAAGAUAACAGAGCUCAUGGUUCAAUUGGCGACGAGGAAGAAGGCGAUCACUCUUCCGAGUCUGAUGAUGGAUUCGAUGUUGAAAGCACGGCUAUGAGCCUUGAUGAUGUUACGUCACGUUCUAAUGCAACUAUGCAAUCGGACGCAACUUCUAGCUCUAGCUCAAGUGCAAAGCUCAAUCAGGCGCUGCGCCAAGCUGCCAAAGAAGCUGGGACCCAGCUAGUUGAUGAUGACAAUGAGGAUGUCUCAAUGGAGAUUGCAGAUGACGAGAUUACAGGUGCUUUCAAGCCUUGGAUCAAAAAGGGUCAAAGCUUUGAUUGGGACGACGACAUCAGUGAUCGAAUUAACCAGGAGAAUCUUGAUCCUUCGAGAGGUCAACCAUCUGAUGUUGAUGCCCAGUCAGAUAUCUAUGAUGAAGACGAAGAACUCAGCAUGGAUGUAACGAAUGCUAUUGGACGAAUUUUGGGCAACGGACGUCGGCAAAGCACUGUUCCUCGCAGAUCCUUAGGCCAGGAGACUAAUCACGAUGACCAAACCAUGGAGAUCACUACCAUGGUUGGGGGAAUUGCACAAGGAGACCCUACGACACUCGAAGAUGACGAUAACGACGAUGAAGAGAUGACCAUGGAAUUCACUGCAGCUGUCGGUGGACUUUUGAACAGACCGUCCUACCCGCCUGUAGCAAAUGCUGAACAGCCUGUUUCGUCUACUCCAAAGUCAGAUCGCAUGAAUAUGGAUGACAAUGAAUCCGACGGAGGCAUGGAUAUGGAGAUGACAGGCGCUGUUGGUGGCAUUCUACCGCAGUCCCGAGACAAGAGUCAAGCGAAGGUGCUUAUGGAACUUGAGACUGAGUCGGGGCAACUUGGAAGCUCGCCGUUCCAAGACAACGUACGUCUUUCACCAGCAAAGUCACCAGCAAAGUCUCCCGCGAAGUCUCCACUCUCGCACAUGACCGCCGUGGCCUCUGAGACGGGGAGUCCAAGUCUUGCAAGUGUUCGCGCUCGGCCAUCUCGGCGAAGCUCUAUUGCGGCUGCGUCAAGUACGCCAGGAACUCCAGGAUCUGGGACUCGGAAUCGUUCGCCAUCCAAGAAACCCUUGACUCCUCCUAAGCAAUCUACACCUCAAGCAAAACCUACCACACCGAGUAAAACACCCCCCUCUGCCAAUGUGAGCUUUCGAAGUGCCUCCCCCAAGAAGCUGUUCCAGCCUGAGCUUCAACAGUCAGCAGACAGACGUAUGUCGCUUCGUCGAAGUAUAUUCGAACAGAAUGCAUCUACUGAACAAUCAACCCCUCGCAUCGUUUUACAACCUCGUGAGGCUCGGCGAUCUUCUGGACUUGGAAUCGACAAGGAGGGCCUCGGUUCUCCUCGCGUGGCUGCUAUCUUAGACAGGCGUCCAUCUCUCGGCGAGAAUACACCACAAUUCGUACCCCAAGAACAUGCGCGUGGCGGCGUGCGCUUCGAGGAUCCCCUUAAAAUGCAGGCCGAUGAGGAUCGAGAUCGGGAGCAGGAAGAAUUGAGAGAGGACGGUCACAUACCCGCACUACAAGCUACAGAUGGCGAUGUUACCUCAAACCUAAGAGAUAUGAUCUCUAGCCUAAGCCCUAAGAAGAAGAUUGGCAACCGAAAAAGUCUUCAUGUUGGUGCAGCUCGCGGCAUACUGGGCAAGCGCCCGCUUGAGCUUGAUCUUGAUGAAGAGGAGGCAGAAAGUUCACCUGACCCCAAGAGAUUUCGCGGCCGUGAUGUAAGCCCAGUUAAGGGCGUGAAACUACCAGCACCUAUGGCCAAGGAUGACGGGAUUAGUCGCUCUAUCCGAUCUCCUGUCCGCAGGGCUCGCAGCUCUUCGCCACUUAAAGGAAGUACUACUCCCACUCAAGACAGGCGCACCUCAAAGACAGGCGCGACGCCCUUGAGGGAAGGCAUUGACGCCUUGCAACUUGCUUCUGACUCUCAGCAACCUGAGCAGGAAGACAGGGAAGCCUCCGCUCAAGAUGAAGAAGAGGUAGAAUCAGUGACAGAAGAGGUCGAACCAAUUCAGCUCCAAGACUUCCUGAAUAUGACAAACAUUCAUUUCAUGGAACUGACGACGACGAAGAGGCGACACACAACUGCUCCUGGGAGUGCUACGAAGAGGUUGAUCAGACCUUCGGGGGAGAAUUUGCCGAAGGCAGGAACGACCACAUUUGAUGAUUGUGUGGCUGCCGGAUUCUGCACAGUUCCCAUGCUUGAGCUGUACCAGCAUUCUUGUCGUGAACUAAAGUCCUACAUCUCUGAAGGAAGGCAAGUGAUCCGAUCUAUUGAAGCAGAAACCUACGCCGACAAUCCACCUCUUUUCCGGGAGUAUGUCACUGCGCCAGUAGACAUCCGUGUGAUUAUGGACAAUCAGUUCCGAAACGUCAAGACUCAUGCGCGAUUGCUCAGCAAAGCGACAUGGUAUGAAUGGCGUAUGAAACUCCUUGAGGGUCUCAUGCAAGGCCUUCAUCGUCAUGUGGAUGAAAUGAAAGCCGAUGAUGAGCUGUUAUCUCAGCGCGAGCAAUUGUUGAACACCUAUGUUCCAUCGCUAGUAGAAAAGCAUGCAAUGCUGGAUGAAGAGGCAAACAAUUUGGAGCAAUUGGUGCAAGAGAUGGAGAAUUGUGACCAGAACGAACUCCGGGAGACGCGCCAGAGGUUGUCAGGUGUUGAAGACGAGAUCGAAGCCAAAAAGCGAGAGCUUCAACAUCUGCAGCAUGACUUUCAGGAAAAGACGACCUUAAUUGAGGCUGGUACGAAGAUACGUGAAGAGUGUCUGAGUCAGAUUCAAGAAGCCGAGAAGGUCAAGGAAGAAUGCCGAGGGUGGAGUGCUCGAGAUAUCAGUGAUCUCAAGAAAUCCGUCCACAGCAUCGAGCACCAAACAGGGUGGUCCAUCACUUCUGCCACCCAGUCCGCAGAAGAAACCAGUGGACCAAAUCUUACCAUGUCAUACCGAAGUCAACUGCAGAUCAAGUUCUAUCCUAGCGCAUUCGCGACUAAGAACUCGAACGACAUCGAAAAGGCGAACCUUCCACUCGAGCUGACCUUUGCCAAGAGCAAAGUGAUUUCGCCCAUCGCUUCUUUGGUACUCCAGUCCUUGCAAAAGCACCUCGCUACAAUUCAACAAUCCAAGAUUGCACCCAGGCACCUUCUCCGCUUCAUCUCAACAGCGUGGGACCGCACCCUCGGUCUUGAAAACGAGGCCCGCAUGCUUGAGUUCUGCGGUGUCACUCGUCUCACUCUUUCUGAUCCAAAGGCCGACCUCUCCCUCCGAGCGCGCUGUACCCUUCUAGGCAAUUCCACUCCCUCAUCUAUACCAAGUCGCAAAGGUACAGCAGCGAAGACUGGGGAGACGAAGCGAAUUGAUGUCGACUUUACUGUUCGCACAUGCAUCAAUGUAGACAAGAAUGAUGACACUCAAAAUAUCGGUUCCAUGGACUUUGAUAUCGAUGUUGUUGCGACUAAAGUCUAUGGCUUCGGUUCGCAGAACCAGUCUGGUUUACCUGACAAGGAUAUGCAGAGUAUCCUAGGCAAGGGACUUGAUAGUGCGCGGACUGGAGCCCUCGGAAAUGGAGUUUGGUGCAAGGCAGUUCAGCAGCUGACUGGAUUUGUCUUCUAG